GUGGGGCAAGUGGGGAGAAUUGAAGUUGAAAGUUCGAAGAUUAAAUUAUUUGUCAGUGCCAGUUUUGACAUAAUUUUUAAUGUAUUAGAUUUUAGUGAAAGUGGUUCCUAAUUAUUUUACAAUAUUGAAUACAUUUGUUAAUUAUACAUGUUAAGUUUUUGAGAAAGUGUAGUUUAGGUGUGUACCAUAUUGAAAGGUUAUGUUAUGAUCUGAUAGUAUUUUGGUAUUAGUCAAAAAAACAUUAAUAAACAAUGGUGAAAAUAUAUUGUCUCAGUGUUUUAUACAAAGGACCAACAACUGCAACCUGGUUGAAAUCAGCCUUCGAACUUCAAAGCUUCAGCUUUUUCCAAAGAGGGUCAAUUCAGGAGUUCAUGUCAUUCUUUUGCAAAACCAUAGUGGAAAGAACAAUACCAGCCUCAAGGCAGAGUGUUAAAGAAGGAGAAUAUUUGUGUCAUGUAUAUGUACGAGCUGAUAACUUAGCUGGUGUUAUCAUAACUGAUCAUGAAUACCCAUCAAGGGUUUCUCACACACUAAUAACAAAAAUACUAGACGAAUUUGGUGCCAAAAUUCCUGCAGCUAACUGGCCCAGCCUUGAGGAGAGAGAUGUACCAUUUCCACAAUUAAAUACCUACUUAGCGAAAUAUCAAAAUCCUAGAGAAGCAGAUGCUAUUACAAAAAUUCAAGAAGAUCUUGAUGAAACGAAGAUUAUUUUGCAUAAUACCAUACAAGCAGUUUUGGAACGAGGCGAGAAACUAGACGACUUAGUGAGCAAGUCGGAAGGUUUAAGCAUACAGUCCAAGGCAUUCUACAAGACAGCGAGAAAAACGAAUAGUUGUUGUAGUUUUACAUAGAUAGGCGUAUAUACUCAUUCCAAAUAAUUAAAUGUAACGUUUGUAUUUAUUUUUAAAAGUGAUAUAUUGUUAUGGUGUAAUAUCUGCAAAAGAGCUUAUAGUUGUGGAAAUAUAUGUUUAUGGAAUGAUCUAGAACAGGGUGAAAUAUAUCUGUUUUUUAUCUCGUUAAGGAUUGUUCGUGUGUAGUAAGUAUCAGAUUCAGUAAUAUGAUGUGUACCUACUUAUUUUUCAUUCUCUUUCACGUAAUUAAAACUGCCAAAAUAUUAAGAUUUUAUAGUUUUACGUAUCCCACCUACGAGAGUUUAUCCCUUUGCUCCGCCCCUGACCCAGUUUUAAAUAAAAAAUAUUAUCUUAUUUAUCUUUACGUCGCAUAGUAACCUAUUUUUGUAGACUCAGACUAGAAAAUUUCUUGCCUGUAUAAUCUUUGGUAAAGAGUGAGCUAUUUUAUGACAAUCAGUCGUGUGAUGGAUGACCGAAGUUAAGUUUAACGUUUGAGUUAAAGUUAAGAUAACUCUCAGGAAUAACGUGCCCAUAACUAUAUAGGUAAAAUUUGGUGUGAUGUAUCGCUCGCAGUUAUGAGAUAGUUAUAUCAUCAACGUUAUAUCAGAAAGAAGUUUUGAGGAACAAAUUUUGAAGUAACAAAGAGAAACCUUAUGUACAAAUAGUACAAGUUGGAGUGAGCGCGAGAGAUUGUUCCGAACAUACCCGUCGUCGGCUACUGCCGAUGACCGAACAGCAAUCAGCUGUUUGGGUUCCUUGGUGUUUCCAAAGAAUACUCCAUCCAACAAGAAGCGAAAGCACCUGUCGGCUCCUUUGAUGUUCAGGGGACAGAAAUAUCGGUCGGAGAAUGGUAGGGGUAAUACUUCACACUACACUAAGAAAAGUAAUGAGGAAUUCGUUCAAAACUGUAGGAAAUUUGAGUUACACUGAGAAACAAAGUAAUAAUUAAAACUAUAGUGUUUUUAAGUUGAUCUAUUAAUAUGAAUUGUAUUUUUUUCUGUAAAAUUUAAUAUAACCCAUAUAUAAAUUUUGCACUGAUAAGUAAAAAGGUUUUAAGUUAAAAAUAUCGAUUUUGACUAAGUUUUGUAAACUUAUGUAAACGUGAUGGAUUUCUGAUGCUUAGUUUAAUUUAAUAGUUAAUUUCAAAAUAGAGAUUAAAAUUUCUAUCGAUUUCUAUUACUUUUUUUCGUACUAAAAACUUGAAAAAUAGAUAUUUUUGACCCAAGACCUUUUUACUUAGGACAGAAUUAUACUUUCAAAUUUUCUAUUAACUUUGUCUUAGAUUGAUCAUUUUUUUUUGUUUCCUUUUGAGAAAUUUCUUUGAAUGUCUAUUGACCUCCAACACCACCAUAUUCUCGCUGCACGAGGAAACUCUGCGGCGGAGGCUAGAAUGACUUUAUUCACCUUCGAUUUCUUUCUGUACAUCUGAGGUUUCUGGAAACUCUGGUUGUACUGUACCAAAUUCAACUCGCCUGGAUAUAUCUCAUCACAUCUAGCAUCUAAUACUUGGGAAUUAAUCUAUCAGCUGAAAACAAUAUCGAAGAAGAGGUAAAAGAACAAAUAAUUAAAGCCAGUAGAACGGCCGAUGCCUAAACGGCACAAUUUGGAAAAACAAACACGUAAGAGUGCAAAACAAAGGCCCAAAUAUAUGUCAGUUAUUAGGCCAGUUAUGACUUAUAAGGCUGAAACAAGACCAGAUACAAGCAAAACACAAAAACAUCUGGAGACCAACCAAAUGAAGAUCUUAAGAAGGAUUGCUGGAAAAGUACUACAGGACAGGGUAAAAAGUGAGGAAAUCAGCCGCAUAUGUGAGGUGGACAAUAUAAAUACCUGGGUAAAGAAGAGUGGAUUAAACAUAUAAGCAGGAUGUUUGAAUCAAGGAUAGUAAGGGACAAGUCACCGUUAGGCAGAAGAAGUAUAGGACGCCCAAGGAAAAGCUGUAAUGACAAUUUAGGGACAGAAUGAAAUGCACCGUUGAAGAAAAACAGGCAGAACUGCCUAUAUAAAAGGAAGAAGACAUCAGAUCUAGCAUCUAGCCACCUUAACCUGUUUCUUAUUUUGUUUCCAAUAGGAUCCACACCCAAUUUUUUCGUAUAUACUGAUUCCUAACAUUAUCUUUUCUAGUUAUUCGCUAGUCCUAGUUAUUAAUAACUGCGGAUUCAAUACGGAACUUAACCUAACCCUAAUGAAGCUCUGCUUUCACACAAAAUUUUCCAGUUUCAGCUGCAUUUGCUCUCUCUAAUUGUUACCUUCUGAUACAUUUUUUAUACCACUCUCACAUAUUCAGCCGGCACUCCUUUCCUACUUAGUACCAUUAGGUUUCUGGUAACUUUGCUAUAUGCCUUCCCAACAUUAAUAAACACUAUGUGCAAGUCUUUCUCUUCCACUCAUAAGUUUUUCCCUCGGCUGUCAUAAAAUAAAAAUUGAUGUUGUGGACCUGCCUUGCAUAAAUUCAAAAUGACCUUUAUUUCUAGAACCGUACACUAAAUUUAUACUGUUGCAAAUUAAAUUAAACACUAAAUAGCUAUGUUUAAAUUGUUUUUUUUUAAAAGCUUAAUUAAAAAUCUGGGAAUAAAUAAUUUUAAUAGAUAGGUACGUAUAUGGAAUCACAUAAAUGUUUAAAAAGAACUUUCUCUCAUUGCCCUACCCCUACGAUCGUUUACCUGCUACGAUUUCUCGGUACUGAAAAGAGAAUUAUUUGUUCACGAUCUAGUGGGGCGUCCCAGUACGAACCACACAAGAAAAUCCACCUUUGCGUGGAGCCAUCACAAUGAGAGUUUAUUUUAACAAUAGAUAUGUUUAAUAGUAUUAUCCUUUUUUCUACAAUUAGAAAAGAUUAAACAACACAAUAAUUUUACAACAAACAGCUGUAGGGGUUAGGUUGAGAUAUAAGAAAUAAUACAUGAAACAUGCCGGAUCGUACAUGCGCAAAGAAAUUUGGAUCGUGAAAUAGUCGAUGCUUUCGCUUCUUGUUGGAUGGAGUAUUCUUUGGUGUUUCUAAGUUGCUUUCAAACGGUAGAUAGAAACAGGGUUGCCGGAUUGGUGUGUUUUCCCAAAAUUUUGGGUUAAUUUGAAAGCGUCUAUUGAAAUUUUUCUAAGCAGAAAUUGUAGUGGGAUUUUUUGGGGGCGGAAAAUUAUGGAUGAUUUUAAGGGGUCAUGGUAAAUUAAAUUUGCGAAUGUACAUAGAACUGUAUAUUAUACUCCCAUAUAAUCGAAGACGAUAGGAACUAUGAAUUAUUUCCAUGGCCCUCGUUGAUAUUGUAGUAUGAAUUUUGCUUUACUGUUCUUCAUUUGACUAGUAAUUUAUUAAAAUGCGGCAACAAUUUAAAUUUGGGGACUUUGGGGUAUUUGAGCUUCAAUUUCAGGGAAUUUCAGUUUCUAAGUGGGGGAUUUAUAAAAUAUCAUCUGGCAACUCGGGAUAGAAAGCUCAGUAGGUACUUAAAAUAAAAUUUCAACUUAUAUCGCUCGAUUUGAUUUUGUAUAAUUUUUAAAAUUGUAUUACCCUUCUAUUCUUAAUUAUUAAAUUACUAGCUUCUAAAUUCACUUGAUUUCUGUCUAAAAAUAAGUCAAAAGAUGAACCUAACCUUGCAUAACUACAGAGUUAUCUCAUAACUUGAGGUUUAACGUCGCGUUAUAAAGUGACCAGAUAACUCAAGAACUGUCAUGAAAUAACGCAAAAAGUUAAGUUAAGUAUGAUAGAUCACACCAAUUCGAUGGUUAUAACAUAACUACAGGAUAACUUUACGUUAACGAUAACUUCGGUCAUCCAUCACAGGGCAGAAUGUUGAGAAAAGUUAAACCUCUUUCACAAUAUGUAUACAAUGCAGCUUUUGUUUCUAAUAACGUCCACCACAGGGUGUUGUAAAAUACGAUGAAAAAACACAAAUUUAUUUUUACACCCUGUAUAAAUAUGGGAGGUAAAACGUUGAUAUUUCUCAGAAAUUAUUGGUACAAUAAUUCCUUAGAAAUAUACCUAUACCCGUACUUAAUAUCAAAUAAAAAUCAUCAAAGUUCAAUCAAUGUUUCAGGAGAAAAAUAGCUCCAAACUUAUGGUACCUCAUUUAAGGUGGUGUGUUAAUUUUGAAGCGUAGUGAAUAUACACUCACCGGCACAAAAUUCCGCCACCCAAAAUGUUUGAUUAAGUUUGACUAUUUGUAACUUUAUUAUUUGUGCUCCGAUUUUUAAGAUUCUUGCACCAGUUUGUAGGUACAUGUAUUGAAAUCGUUUCCGGUAAAACAAAAAUUUUGCUUGCAUGGCAUUAUACAAGGGUGAAUGGAAGCGUUGUAUUUUCUCCUAACUUUAAAAAAUUCUGUGGAAAAAUGGAAGAGCUGAUUUUGUUUCAUGUCAUAGUAUCCCGGAGACAUCGCUGAAAUUUUGUUUUUUGAAUUAUCCGAAUAUCUCUUUUCUUGUAAGAGCUGUACGAUUUUUUGUAAAUAAAACACUGAUGUACUCAUAAAAUAGAGGUUGGAUUGAUAAGAUUAGAAUGGCCCGCAUGCAGCCCAGAUCUCAAUCCUAUUGAGCAUUUAUGGGAUGAAUUAAAAAAGCUAUUCGCCGUCAUCCUAGGCCUCCAGAAAAUUUGGUACAGUUAUGGCCCUGGUAGAGGAAUAUCGGGCUAUUCCUCAGGUAAGGAUAACACAUCUUUAUUCGAUGCCAAACAUAUUGCGAGCAGUCGUUGCUGCAAGAGAUGGACAUACCCGCUAUUGAACUGUUUUGUUUUGUUGUUCGUUUUGUUUUGUUAAUUUUAGUGCGUUUGAUAUUUCUAAUUAAAAAAAUCAUCAAAGCAGUGUUUUUAUUUACAGCUCUUAGAAGAAAAGAGAUAUUUGGAUAAUUCAAAAAACAAAACCUUAGCGAUACCUCCAGGAUAAUACAAAUGGAGUAUGAAACAAAAUCAACUCUCCAAUUUUUCCAGAGAAUUUUUUAAAGUUAGGAGAAAAUACAACGUUUCGAUUCACCCCCGUAUAAUGCCAUCUAAGCAAAAAAUUUUUGUUACCGGAAUAAUAACAAACGACAUCAAUACAUGUACCUAAAAACUGAUGAAAGAAUCUUGAAAAUCGGAGUACAAAUAAGAAAGUUAUAGACUGUCAAACUUAAUCAAAAAUUUUAUUUUAUAGACAGUCGUAUAAAACUACUAUUAGAAAAAUAAUUGAAGUAAUUGGUAUCUUCAUUUGAAAUUGAACUUAAAAAAAUUAUCAGCAAGAUGGAUAACAUGAAUAAAAGCCAAACCAACCGAAAAGACAUGUACAUUUAUUUUUUAAUGCGUUUUAGAUAAGUCAAAGAAAAUUUUCGUGCAAUAUUAGUAACAAUGAAGAAGUUUACCACACCCGAAAGAAUUCAAGACGCAAUCUUGAGCGGGAAAUAUUAGGCUAGCUGUAUUUUGGAAUUCAAACGCUAUAAUUUUAGUAGUUCCUGCCAAAAAAGGGUGCCAUAAUUACAGGUGAAUUAUUAGUUUAUACGAGGGAAGCUGUGUACUCUGAAAACUAGGUCUAACAGAUUAGGAAGAAGUAAUGUUAGGGUGUUAAUCUUCAAUCAGGAUAACGCAUACAGUCCUAGUUCUUCCAUUGCAAUAACUAUAAUAAUUCAAGUAGGCUUCGAAUUAGUUGAGCAUCCGCCAUUUUCUCCAUAUUUGGCUCCCAUAGGCAAACGACUGUUUCUAAAACCUGCAAAUUGCAUAUUAAAAUAAUUUGUUCAAAUAAUUGUGUCCAUUAAAUCAGUGAUUUGCAGAGGUCCAGCUAUCGUACACAUCUUAGAACAUAGAUGGGAAAAUAAAAGUGAAGUAUUUGCCAAUAUUUUAUUAAGUGGGCCAGGUGUGGAACAAGGGAUCACGCCCCGUAUUUGGUAUAUUUUUGCAUUUUUUGUUAGUUUUUAGCUUGUAUCGUUGAGUAGCUAGGUCACUUUUAUACCAUUUGUUUUAUUUAGUAUUUUGUAAAAUGCAGUAAAUUAACAGGCUAUUGAUAAAUCGACACUUGCGGGGAAAUGCUGAGAUGUGCUGUGGCUACUUAUAAAAAUAUAAACAAAAGGCACGUGACUAAAGAUACUUACGGAAAUUACUUCAGGAUUUCAGAAAACGAAGAAUAUUAUAUUAAAUAGUUGUCGCUGUAAAAAUGCCCUAAAAAUAAUUAUAAAACAAAAUUCUUCCUAUGUUUAGCAUUGAUCCCCAAGAAUUGAGGUUCUCAUCUGACGUCAUGCGACAGCGGAUGUCGAACUUCCUAGUUCCGUAUAAUUAUAGUUGGCCCAAGUGUAUGCUUUUCUAUUUCUAUUCAUUUAGUAGUUUCAUUCAUUAUACCUAGGUAGAGCAUACCUAGUUCCGUAUAAUUAUAGUUGGCCCAAGUGUAUGCUUUUCUAUUUCUAUUCAUUUAAUAGUUGUCGCUGUAAAACUGCCCUAAAAAUAAUUAUAAAACAAAAUUCUUCCUAUGUUUAGCAUUGAUCCCCAAGAAUUGAGGUUCUCAUCUGACGUCAUGCGACAGCGGAUGCAUGCGCAAGAGCAUACCUAGUUCCGUAUAAUUAUAGUUGGCCCAAGUGUAUGCUUUUUUAUUUCUAUUCAUUUAGGUGUGUCGUAUUACUCGUAUUUAUACAAAAAAUAUCAUUAUAGCGGGCAUUAGUCGAACAUAUAAAAAAAAUGAAGAACAUGGGGACUCUUAUAACAAUGUGAACGCAUUUCGGCAUUGAGAUAAUUAAAUUUUAUAUCAAAUUAGUCGAAUUCGUCCAAUAUUGACUGGAGAUUCGUCCUUCCUAGAACUGUACGUUAUAGAGAAAUAAUGUUUGAAGAAAGGGCUGGUUAACUCGGGCGGUAGGAUGUCUGACUUCAACGCAGAAGUCCGGGGAUCGAAUCCCAGCACUGGCGAGGAGAUGUAUACAUUUUUAAAAAUAUCUAUAGGCCCUAGGUCGACUCAAUCUGAAUAAAAUGAGUACCUUCGGUAAAACCAGGGGUAAUAAUAGGCGGUUUAAGCGUAGCCCCAGAGAUAGCAGACUACCCUACUAUAAUCCCAAAUAUAAAAGGGAGGCUAUUAUUAUUAUGUUUAAAGCAAAUGCAUUAUUUGAGGGUAGGUGCAGGUUCUUUUGUGUUAAGUAGUUAUAAGGGAGAAUAGCGACACACCUUCACUUGACGAAGUCACGCAACAUAAGCGUGGCCUUAAUAAUCAUGACACUUUGCAUUUAGAAAUAUGAAACAAUAUAAACAAUAGUCCUACAUCUUUGUGUGAUGCUCAAUCUUGUUAUUAACGCAUUGUCUAGGAAAACUUAAGUCGAUGUAUUGAAUCUGAUACAAAAAACUAUUAAAACUAUUAUUAAGUAAUAAAUGUGAACUGUAAAGAGAUUUUUCUACUUGCGUUGAUUUGAUUGCUGCUCAGAUGGUUAUCUAUGUAUUAUAUUAUUUUUUAAAAUGUAUAAGGAAUUGUGUAAAAUAAAUAUUGUUUGAAGUA